AUGCAAAAUCAUCAAAGUAUAUACAUACCAGAAGGUGGUACUCCCGGGCAACAAAGUUAUAUUCAAAAUAUCCAGGAACCACCUAUACAAGAAAAACAGCUUCCUCCUCCUCCACCAAAUAAAAAUUUUGAUAGCAAUGAUAAUUCUGUACUUAAUAUAGAACCUGAAAAAUCUAAAAAGCAUUGGGAUGAACCUCCUAGAAUACAGGCUCGCCGUAUCAAUAAACAGCGUGUUCCAUUAAAGGAUGGAAAACAUUUGGUGUUGGAGUGUCCCAUACCUACUGAUCUGUUCGGGAGUAUUCCUAGGAAUGAAUCAAGGGAAUUUACUCAUAUGAGAUAUACCGCAUGUACAAGUGGUCCUGACGAUUUUAAGCAGAAAGGAUUUAGUCUUCGUCAAGUAGAAGCUGCUCCUCCAAGACAUACCGAACUAUUUAUCGUGUUAACUAUGUAUAAUGAAGAUAAAGGUCUGUUAGCCCGCACUUUUCACGGAGUUGUAAAAAAUAUUGCUCACCUUUGCAGUCGUAAAAAGUCUAGAGUUUGGGGUGAAGAUGGAUGGAAGAAAGUCGUCGUAUGCAUAGUUGCUGAUGGUCGUGAACAUAUAGAGCAAAGCUCUUUAGCUUACUUAAUGGCUCUUGGUAUCUACCAAGAUGGUGUUGUAGUAGGCAAAGUAAAAGAUGAAUCCGUUAAUGCUCAUAUAUUUGAGUAUACUACUCAGAUUUCAAUUGACCAUACUAUGAAAUUUAAAACUUUCGAUGAGGACUCUGAUGUUGUUCCAGUCCAAGUGCUUUUUUGUCUUAAAGAGGAAAAUGCUAAAAAGAUCAACUCUCAUCGAUGGUUCUUUAAUGCCUUUGGCCCAAUUCUUAACCCUAACAUAUGUGUUCUUAUUGAUGUUGGUACUGAACCAGGUCCUAGAUCCAUCUAUCGUUUGUGGAAGUCGUUUGAUGUAAAUGCAAGUGUUGCAGGUGCUUGCGGUGAAAUUGUUACCAUGAAAGGUAAAGGUUGGAAGAAACUAUUGAAUCCAAUUGUGGCAGCCCAAAAUUUUGAAUAUAAGAUGUCCAACAUCCUGGAUAAACCAUUUGAAUCUGUGUUUGGGUAUAUUACUGUUUUACCCGGGGCUUUUUCUGCCUAUCGGUACAUUGCUAUCCUGAGUACUACCAAUGACAAAAACGAGGAAGAAGGCCCUCUAGCAUCUUAUUUUAAGGGUGAAAUCAAUGAUAAAAAUGAUGAGGAUAAAAAAAAGGAAAACAUGUUCACUGCUAAUAUGUAUCUUGCUGAAGAUCGUAUCCUUUGUUUUGAGUUGGUCUCAAAACGCAAUUGUUCCUGGUUAUUGCAUUAUGUUAAAUCUUCUCAAGCCGAAACGGAUGUACCUGAAGAUGUCACUGGACUAAUUAGACAGAGGCGACGUUGGUUAAAUGGAUCCUUUUUUGCUAGCUUUCAUGCUAUUAGCCAUUUUUAUUAUAUUUCGAGAAGUGAUCAUUCUAUAGGCCGUAAAAUUUGUUUAUACAUCGAAAUGGCAUAUCAAGCAUAUAACCUUAUCUUUGCAUGUUCUAAUAAAGCCUAUAUAAUUUCAAUAGUAUUCUUUGGUUUAAUUAUGAUAUAUAUGCUAUUUGCUGCCUUCUGGCUUGCAAUUAAGGGUAUUGAUGUUGGGGUAGCUUCAUUGGGUCCCAAUGCAGAUUUAAAGUCUACUGCUACUGCAAAUGCUAUUCUUAGUAAUACUACUUUUUUCAGUAUUAUUCUUUCAUUAGUUUCUACAUUUGGCCUAUACCUGAUCGCAAGUCUUAUGAUUUGGGGGAAUAGGCCCGAAACAGCAAAAAAGUUGAAAGAGAAGGCUACUGACGUUGAAUCUACCUCCGGAGUGCCGACAGUUGAGGUUUCUGUUCCUGAAGAUGUUAAUGACGUAUAUCAGCAAGCAGUUCAAGAAGUAAGACGAAAGCCUAGUAAGGAUGUAACAAUUGCUACACCACAACAAAAAAGAGAAGAUGCUCGAAAAUCAUUUCGAACAAAGGUUGUUCUGUCAUGGGUUUUUAGUAAUAUUAUAUUAGUGACUCUCAUUGCAAAUCUUGGUCAUUCUCAGAAAUCAGUAAUAGAUAUUUAUAUGGGUGUUAUUCUUUGGUCUGUUGCUGGAUUGGCUGGAGUUAGAUUUUUCGGCACUUUUACAUAUUUAAUAUUUAGAUUAUUCACAGAUCAAAAUGUACUAAGUUGUAAAAAGUGA